AUGAUUGACUAUUGCAAGUCGGAUGUCGCUCUCUUGAAAGCAGGGUGUGAAGCCUUUCAACAAGAAUUCGAACGGCAGGCUGGCUUCAAUCCCAUGGCCAAAUGCAUCACCAUCGCGAGUGCCUGCAAUCUGUAUUGGUGCAAGCACCAUCUCACCCCCAACACCAUUGCUGUCGAACCUCUGGGUGGCUGGCGAGGGGCCCAAGUCAACCAAUCGCUGAGAGCCCUGCAGUGGCUCUAUUACCAAGAACACCUCAUUCCCAAGGAGGGGGCUAGUACCGACCGCAUUCGGCACGUUCGUAACGGGGGCGAACAGUCGGUCCGAACCAUCGCCAACAGCUAUUUUGUCGAUGGCUACGAUCCCCUGACUCGCACCGUCUACGAGUUCCACGGGUGUCUCUACCGUGGCUGUCCCCGUUGUUAUCCCGUGAGAAACGCCACCCAUUAUGCCACGCCGGAUCGAACCGUCGAGGAACUCUAUCAAGCCACGCUCUCCAAACGCAUGGCGCUGCUCCGAGCAGGUUACACAGUGAUCGAAAUGUGGGAGUGUGAAUGGGACAAAUUGGUGGACACCGAUAAAGCAGUCCAACGUUUCCUGAAUUCAUUCGAUCUCCCCCCACCUCUGGAACCUCGCGAGGCCUUCUUUGGGGGUCGAACUGGUGCCGUAGCCCUGCAUGCCGUGGCUGGGGAGGGCGAGGAGAUACGUUAUGUGGAUGUCACCUCCCUUUACCCGUGGGUGAAUAAGAACUGCCCCAACCCCAUCGGUCAUCCGAAAAUCAUCACCCAACCCGCCGACCAGUCCCUGGAAUCCUAUUUUGGUCUGGCCACCGUGGAUAUUCUUCCCCCCGCUGGUCUGUUCCACCCCGUCUUUCCUGUACGCUGUGGCCAAAAGCUCACCUUUCCUCUCUGCCGUUCUUGUGUUCAGGAGCAGCAAGCCCCACCCAUGUUGACCAGAACCCAUUAUUGCCCUCAUUCUGACGCUGCUCGCAUGCUACGCGGAACUUGUACACGCCCAAGCUCGUCAAAGCCAUCGAAAAGGGGUACACGCUGAUCAAAAUCCAUGAAGUCUGGCAUUUUCCCCCCGAGCAACGCCAAACGGGUCUCUUCGCCAAUUACGUCAACACGUGGCUCAAGAUCAAACAGGAAUCGGCGGGGUGGCCCAGUUGGUGUCAGACCCUAGAGCAGAAACGAGACUACAUUCUUCGUUACCAAGAGCGCGAGGGCAUCCGUCUGGACAUUAGCAGCAUUGCCAAAAACCCCGGUCGCAAGGCUACCGCCAAGCUCAUGCUGAACAGUUUCUGGGGUAAAUUCGGGGAGCGGAUCAACAAACCCACCACUGUCACUGUGAAAGACCCCACCCAUUUGUUUAGCCUCAUCUCCGAUGCCGCCCUGGAUAUCAGCACGCUCCGCCUCUGUACCGACGAUAUCCUGGAAGCCGUCUACACCAGCGUCCAAGACAAUGCCGUCAAAGGCACCAAGACCAACAUUUUUGUGGCGACUUUCACCACCUGUCAUGCUCAGCUCAAGCUCUACGAGUCCCUAGACACCCUUCAACAGCAAGUCCUCUACUAUGAUACAGAUAGUGUGGUGUACAAGUGGCGUCCCGGUCAACCCAGCAUUGCCACCGGGGAUUUUUUUGGGGACAUGACGGAUGAAUUGGACGGAGACGUCAUCACUGAGUUUGUUUCGGGGGGGGGCUAAGAAUUAUGGCUACCACACCCGUGGAGGCAAAGUGGUGUGCAAGGUACGCGGUUUCACGCUGAACGUCCGCGGGUCGGCUAUCCUCAACUUGCGCACGAUGAAAGAGAAC